GACUAGAGGUUCAGAUGACGUUAAAAUACCACAAUUGACACAUGAAAUAACGAAUCCCAUAACAGGCAUAACAGGAGAAAUUUUACUGGAUAAAAGUACAGGCGAACGUGCUAACUUAAAUGUUGAAAUAAUGGAGUUAUCCAACAGUGGUUUUAACAGCAUCGCAAAAUGGAAUGCAGAAACAGGCUUUGUUUACGUUAGAACUGCUGACGAAGUUUCUGAUCUCUUGGCAGAAAAAUGGCAAAACAAAACUUUUAGAGUGGUUUCACGCAUCGGUGCCCCCUAUCUUGUUGAGAGGACGCCGGAAGAGGGUGAAGUAUUGACUGGAAACGACCGUUAUGAGGGUUACUCUAAGGACUUGAUACACGAAAUAUUGAAAGAGACGCUACAUUUAAAUUACGAGAUAGAAAUUGUUCCGGGGAACCUUUAUGGCUCUUAUCAUAAAGAAACUAAGUCGUGGGAUGGACUUGUGGGACAUUUAUUGGAGAGGAAAGCUGACCUGGCUAUUUGCGAUCUAACAAUAACUUAUGAACGGAGGGCAUUUGUUGAUUUUACAACGCCUUUCAUGACGCUAGGAAUCAGUAUUCUGUACACAAAGGCCCCGCCACCAGAACCGGAGCUGUUUUCAUUUCUAUCGCCUUUUUCUGUCGAUGUUUGGAUCUACAUGGCUGGAGCAUAUUUAAUGGUUUCCUUGCUACUUCAUAUUUUAUCAAGGCUUGCACCAAAUGAUUGGGAGAAUCCGCACCCAUGCGAUAAGUCGCCCGAAGAAUUGGAAAAUAUCUGGCAUAUUAAGAAUUCUUGCUGGCUGACAAUGGGAUCAAUCAUGACCCAAGGAUCUGAUAUAUUACCAAAAGGAUAUUCAACCCGGUGGGUAUGCGGGAUGUGGUGGUUCUUUGCUCUUAUUAUGUGUUCUUCCUACACGGCCAACUUAGCUGCGUUUUUAACUAACGCAGCCAUGGAUGACUCAAUCAAAAGCGCCGAGGACCUAGCCAUGCAGACUAAAAUCAAAUAUGGUACAGUCGAAGGGGGCUCUACCUUUUCAUUUUUUAAGCGAUCAAACGUAUCAACAUUCCAAAGAAUGUGGACGGCGAUGGAGUCAGCUAGACCUUCAGUGUUCGUGAAGAAUAACGACGAGGGAGUCGAAAGGGUCCUGAAUAGUAAAAGGUCGUACGCUUUUUUAAUGGAAUCGACGGCAAUUGAAUAUCGACUCCAGAGAAAAUGCCAGCUAAUGCAAGUUGGCGGUUUACUCGAUUCAAAGGGAUAUGGAAUAGCUAUGCCUUUUCAUUCUUCAUACCGUACAGCUGUUGACAAUGCCGUAUUAAAACUAGCUGAGAGUGGAAAAUUAGUCGAACUGAAAAACCGUUGGUGGAAAGCGCCACCGGAGGAAGCUUGUGAAACCCAAGAAGCAGCAGAAGAAGGUACUAGUGCAGCAGAACUGGGUGUAGACAAUGUGGGCGGCGUGUUCGUUGUUCUGGGUAUUGGGUGUGGAAUGGCGGCUGGAAUUGGUGCCUUGGAGUUUCUGUGGCAUGUCAGAGAUGUUGCCAUUGAACAAAAGAUGACACAAUCGGAAGCAUUUUGGGCAGAACUGACGUUCGCAUUGAGUUUCUGGGAAACCGAGAAGCCAGUCCAGCAUUCCCGUCCGUCUUCGACAGCAUCAGGAGAUAUGGCGUCCAGGGCCUCUUCAGUAUUACGAUCUGCUGCCGAUUUGUUUCACAUCGAUGUUUUUAAAUAAUUUACAUCAAAACCUCCUUCGAUCGUAAUAUUUUAUAAAAUAAAUGAAUUUUACAACCAUAACAA